AUGAGGCGCGUUGCACUUGCCAGUGCUGCCCUGGCCUUCUGUCUGCCCGCCCAAUGGGUGGCAGCGAUAGUGGCCAGCGCAACUCGCCUGGACUCAACGCUCAGCCAGGAGCUCCCGCACGCGCUGGCGCGAGUCAUGGCGCAUGCAACGCUCAACAAUGAUCGCCUCGCCUCGCGCAAAUGCGACCGUCCUCGCAGCCGACAGUCCACCGCCUGCUAA